CACUCACUGAAUACAGUAACACAGACAUACAUACGUGUUAUUACAUAUAGUAACAGUAUUGAGAUUCCAAGCAGCCCUACUAGUCGUGCCAGUCUGACGUGAUUCAAGAGUUGUAUACGUACAACGGGUCAUGCAAAAUUCCGAACGCCACGUCAGCACGUCUUGUAUACGUUUCUGAGCGCGGUUAUGGCAUAUUUAGCAGUAAUUCCACACUGGAUCUACUUCGACUCGAUACACCUUCUGGCUGGCUCGUCUACUUGUUUACUUACUAGUCCCUGCCGGCCUUUGUUGCAAUGCUUCUGUUUUCUCUAACCACGCUCCUGGUGUUAUUGCCCACAAUAGUGUCUGCAGCCAUAUUUCCUCCUGACACCAAGGUCAAGAUGCUAGACCCAAAAGGUUUUCGUAAAGUUAUGAAGAGCAAUAGGACGAGUGUGGUUGCGUUUGUCGCCCCAUGGUGCGGGCACUGCCAACGGAUGGCUCCCGAGUAUAGCAAGGCUGCUCAGAAUUUGAGUCCACUCAUUCCGUUUUAUGCAGUAGACUGCGAUGCCGAGUUGAACAAGCGGUUGUGCGCGGAACAGUCAUUUCAGACACUCGUUCAGGGUGUUCAAGGGUUCCCAACCCUCAAAGUCUUCCCUCGUGGUGGCCGGACCGAGCCUGAGCCAUACGACUCCAACGAACGUACUUCUGGCAAGUUCAUCCGCUGGGCCUCGCGCUCCGUACCCAACAACGUGAAAGCUCUCCCGCAUAUCCACGACAUCCCAGCGUGGUUGGACAAGACGAGCGACCUCCCACGUGUCAUCCUCUUGAACAAGGACAAGAAGUUUCCGCUGCUCUGGCAGGUCCUUGCGAAUAAUUACGGGAAGAAGAUGGCGUUUGGCCAUCAUACAGACCCAAAUGGCGCAUUUGCGGUAUCGUUAGGGUUCCCAGCGACUGUGGAGGGCAAGACAUCAAAGGUCAUCGUGUAUCUACCAGGAUCCAGCGUGCCAAUUUUGUAUGAAGGGAUGACCAAGUACGAGCCGUUGACCAAGUUUUUUAGGUCCAUAUUGGAUGGGUCAGCAGACAUCCUCCAAACGUCACCAGAACAAUCUGUCAGGGAUGAACUGUAA